GGGGAGGGGGUUGUGUCGGCUGUCACUGUUCUCUCGGUGCACGCGCGCUGGAAGUUUGAGCGUCUCGAGCGCUCCACGGAAUUAACGGCAGCAGCACGAGCGCGUUAAGCUGCGCGGGGCCGCGAGCGGAUUGUCCACCAUAUCACCGGGAACAUAACCAUGGCACUGAACAGGUCGCCCUCUGCCACGGAAAAUUGGAACGGGGCCCCCGAGCGCAUGCGUGUUUCCGCCGGGAAGAGUGAGUCCUCCUCAAUGCAGAGCGAGAAACUCCGCUGUCUUGCCCGAGAUAUCUCUGAACUGGGCCAUCAGGGCACGGCCAGCAGCGGGCAUGAUGCCAACGACAUUGCUGAGGACACGGAAGAGCCGGGCCCUGGUCCAGGAGGAGGGCUGUGUUUUGCAGACGGCCGCAGAAGAGUGGACUACGUUCUUGUUUAUCACUGCAAGAGACGUCAGUCCCAACACCGGCACUCUGUUGUCUCUAACGGUAACGUGCCGUCUCAAAGCCCCACCCCUUCCCGCAGGAGUACGAAGGGCGAUAUUUCGGAGGCGGUGCUGGAGGCGGGGCUUGCAACAGAACCCGCCAAUGAACUACAAGAUAAAAUUAGGGAGGAAUUUGAAAGAGGACUUCAGGAGGAAGGCCUGGAGAUUGAGCACGACAAAGAGAUGAGAACGGUCCGGUUCACCCGUCUCCAUGUUCCCUGGUCUGUUCUCAGUCGCGAGGCAGAACUCCUUAAGAUCAGAGUGCCGACGAAAAAGACGUAUCAGCUGAAAGAGAAGACGGGGCUCAUGGGUGUAAUAAGCUCGUUUUGGACGAAGAUCAAUCAGCCGUUCCAGCCGGGCGUCCCGGAGCCCCAAGACCCACGCAAGCGUGUGCUGUCCCAGCCGUUCAGCAGAGACAAGCUACACCUAUUUGAUAUACAGUCGAAAAACAGCUUGUUCAGCAAUGCAACACGAGGUCGAAUUGUUUAUGAAAUUCUGAGGCGCACAGCCUGCACACAGACCUGUCAAACUAUGGGUAUUUCAUCACUGCUAGCUAAAGGGGUUUAUGAUUCUGCCUUCCCUCUGCAUGAUGGAGACUUUGACAGCUCGGAAGAUAAAGAGCAACGCAACGACAGACAGAUGCUGCAUGAGGAAUGGGCCAAUUAUGGAGCUUGCUUCAAAUUUCAGCCAAUGGACCUUAUAAGGAAGUACUUUGGAGAGAAGAUUGGCCUGUAUUUUGCCUGGUUGGGAGUGUACACACAGCUGCUGAUUCCAGCCUCUGCUUUAGGAGUCGCAGUAUUCCUGUACGGCUGCCUCACCGUAGACACCAAUGUGCCCAGUCAAGAGAUGUGUGAUGAGCGUCUUAAUUUCACCAUGUGUCCUCUGUGUGAUCGUGUGUGUGAUUACUGGCAGCUGAGCAGUAUCUGCAGUACGGCGCGUGCCAGCUAUCUGUUUGAUAACCACGCUACCGUGGGCUUCGCUAUCUUUAUGUCCCUCUGGGCGGCCGUGUUUCUAGAGCACUGGAAGAGGAGGCAGCGAUGUUUACAGCACAGCUGGGAUCUGACAGGCAUGGAAGACGAUGAGGAAAGGGCUGAGAAUGAGCUACGACCAGCAUAUGAGGAUUUUCUCCUUAAGAAACAAGAGAAGAAGGCAAAGAAUAAGAAGAAGGAAGAGCCGGACGCAGGAACGGAUGACAAAGGAAGAGAGAAGCUACUGUCUGCUAAAGGAGGGCAGUCGCCGCUUGCCUCUGAGUCUUUGUCAUGGACAGACCGGCUGCCAGGAUACUGCAUGAACAUAUCCUCUAUCCUCCUUAUGGUUGGGGUCACGUUCUCUGCCGUGUCUGGAGUGAUUCUCUACCGCAUCAUUGUGUUUGCUGUAAUGUCAAUGAACCCUGAUCAUGAGGCCAAGGCUAAUGUGCGUGUAACCGUGACAACCACCGCUGUCAUCAUCAACUUGCUGGUUGUUCUGGUGCUGGAUGAGAUCUACGGCGCUAUAGCGGCCUGGAUUACAGAGCUCGAGAUUCCAAAGACUGAAGCGACAUUCGAGGAGCAUGUGAUCUUGAAAGCUUUUUUGCUGAAGAGCAUGAAUGCAUUUGCACCUGUCUUCUAUGUGGCCUUCUUUAAGGGCAGGUUUGCUAGUCGUCCGGGUGACUAUGUUUAUGUCUUUAAGGAUUUCCGCAUGGAAGAGGUAAUUAUUAACAUUAUAAUAUGCUCGUCUUCAGCGUUUUAUCAUAGCGCAGCUAACAUUUUGUAUGUGUUUUUGGUCCAGUGUUCUCCAGGUGGUUGUCUUAUUGAAGUGUGUAUUCAGCUGGGAAUCAUUAUGCUGGGAAAGCAGCUCAUUCAGAAUAAUGUGUUUGAAAUUGCCAUUCCAAAGCUGAAGAAGAUGUAUCGCACAUAUAAGGAAGAAAAAGAUGGAUCGGCAGAUGAGGAGGAUAAAGAUUCUAAACGAGAACCACAGCGCUGGGAUUUGGACUAUGAUCUGGAGCCAUAUGAAGGAUUGAGCCCAGAGUACAUGGAGAUGGUUAUUCAGUAUGGAUUUGUCACACUCUUUGUGGCCUCCUUCCCGCUGGCACCAGUCUUCGCUCUGCUUAAUAACGUCAUUGAAAUACGACUAGAUGCGGCAAAAUUUGUCACUGAAAUACGCAGACCUGAUGCAGUCAGCGCUAAAGAAAUUGGCAUAUGGUACAACAUCUUGAGUGGAAUCAGCAAGUUUGCUGUCAUUACAAAUGCAUUUGUGAUCUCCUUCACAUCCGAGUUCAUUCCUCGGAUGGUGUAUCAGUAUUUGUACAGCGAGACAGGCACCAUGCACGGUUAUACCAACCACACGCUGGCUUAUUUCAACACAAGCAACUUUAAACCUGGCACUGCACCGCAUGACACCGACUUUGACAGGCAACUCCGUAUUUGCAGGUACAAAGACUAUCGAGAUCCACCUUGGUCUCCAGAGUCUUACCAGCUUUCUAAGCAGUAUUGGUCUGUGCUCGCUGCACGCUUGGCUUUUGUCAUUUUUUUCCAGAAUUUGGCCAUGUUCCUCAGUAUGCUGGUGGCAUGGUUGAUCCCAGAUGUGCCUCGUUCUCUGAAGGAGCAGUUAAAGAGAGAGAAAGCACUCCUGAUGGAUCUGCUGCUCACUGAGGAGGCAGACAAGCAAUGCAACCAGUCACACCCACUGACGGCUACAAACAAUGAUGUAGUCAUCAAGGGUGUAGAGGAAGGAUCAUCAGAGGAGCUGCCUGUCUGCAGUAGGGUAAUACUAAGCCAGUCAGAUGAGGAGCUGAAAGAGUUACGGGUGACCAGUGGAGAGGAGGAAGAACUUGGGGAACAACCAGCAGAGGAGCCCAUCGCAUCCACCAGCGAUUUGCCUGAUAGGCGUCCACCUUCAACCUGUGAAAGCCUCAAUACAACUUCAGAGUCUAUGUCUAAGAUAGCUUGUGAUGAUGAAUCACCCACCACACCUUUAACAUCUUCAAACCAGUCCAUUCAUUCAAUUAAACCUGACACACUAUCAGGGCACCGGGAGUUCGACUCGAACGGACCUCCACCUCGAGAUCCAAGUUCCAGGGGUAAGAGUCGUUGCCGAACCCUUCCACCAAGGCACAGAGGACCUGAAGCUGAAGCGCAUGUAACUAGACCUAGCCACUCGACGACAUUCACACAUCUCGACCAGAAAGUUCCCCCAUCAUCUAGUGAGCUCACCCGAUUGGUCCCAAAAGGACCAUCUAAAACCAAGCCCUCUGAAAGCCAAACAUCUGUCUCGGAUUCACUGGAUUUAGAGCACACGAGCAGCCAUUCCAUAGCCCUCCCUCGUCCGCCAUCCAGACCGGAGCUUGCUAGCAGCCUUUCGACAGUCUUGCCACGUCCUCCUUCAAAACCAGAGCUUGUGAGCAGCCAGUCAACAGGACUACCACGGCCUCCCUCCAAACCAGAGCUGAUGGGAAGUGCAUCAAAAGGGCUUCCGCCUCUUGAUCCGGGCUCGAAAGUUAAGGGCCGAUGCCAGACUCUUCCUCCGAAGUAUAAAGGCGCAGAGACUUCUGGGGAGGCGAAAACCAGACCUAGUCACUCCACCACCUUUACGCACCUCAGUCAACAGAUCCCCCCCUCACCCAGUGAUCUCAAACGUAACACUCCCGUAUGAGUGGGACAGGAUGAAGUGGAGCAACGCUCCAACUUUUCAGCACCUUGCAUCAGAUCACCGUUCUCAGUGCCAGGCAAGCCAUGCCAUCAACAACUAAUCUUUGACUUCUCAUCGAUGACUGAGCGAGCAUUUUCAGUAACUCUGGAUGUAGAUCAAUUGUUGAUGGCUUGGUGGAGGUUCACUUGGUUGGUUAACUAGGGGGACUCUUUUGCACAGAAUGACCAACUUCAUUGAAGGACCGAGUGCAGACUUGUGCAUUCUGGAUAUUCUUCUAGAGCCAUUUGACAUGGCUUAAACGUUGUCUUAUACUGUGACUUGCCAUUCUCUCUUUCACAUAUAAACUCCUGUACAGACAUGCGCAGAUAUACACACACCAAAUCUCAUUAACCUGACCUCUUGAACCAGAACAGGUGAGAAGAGAGAGAGGCUUAGGAAUAUGGGCCAAAGGGCUUUGCAGUCCAUGCCGAUUUGUUACUCAGCAAGUGGAACUUUCAUUUCGUGGUGUGUUCUUUCAUGAGUUUUGCUAACAUGUACUUAACCAGAAUAAUAACUAAAUGUGAACUUAUUAACACAACAUGUCAGCUUCAGAAUGAGCCAACUUGUUUGUGGAAUUGUCUUUUUGUCUUUGGUGGCAACAUCUGUAGUGUCUCAUCCAUAUGGCAAGUUAGCACGUAGCUUGGCAGCACGCUCAUGAUAUGAUUAAGAAAUGUGAUGUUGAAAUGGAUUCAAAGCCAAUUACGUUGUACAUUGCGAAUACACUGUAGUAUUUUACAUAAUCCCAUUUAGCACUAUGCUAGCACAGCUAAAGCUAAAGUAAAGCAUGCUAUAUUCACUGUGAAGAGGUUUUCAGGGAUUUAGACCCAUUUGUCACUUUUUUUAAAGUUGUUUCUCAAUAACGGGGGACAAAAAGUAUGAAUGCAUACAGGCCACGUUCACACUGCAAAGUUUUUGAAGCGACAAAUGCAUUUAUUUGCGAGAAUGAACAAGAAAGUUAUCGCUCAAUAUGUGAACAGAAUACAAGUGUCAAUCCUACCACUCCGAACAAGCAAUAGUUAAAUGUCUCACAGCUGUGAAAAUACAUGCCAACAGUUCAGCCUGUUUGGUGUUUUCUAUUUUUCAAACUAAUAUUAGCGUAUUGAGAUGUAUUAGCAUUUGGCAAUUUUUAAUGCGUCAUUAGUUGUCACUAAUAAACAAACUGUGUGUGUACAGAACAGGAUUAAGGGAUUAGUACACCCAAAAUGAAAAUUAUGUCAUCAUUUACUCACCCUGAUGUCGUUCCAGCCAAUAUCAGUUUGUUUAUUUCAUCCCUGGAACACAAAAUAAAAAAAGUAUGUUGAGUUUGUCUGUUCGCAAACUCUACAACAGACAAAAAAACCCAUAAAAAUACCCCAGACGUCUCUCUAUGCUAUAUUCUGAAGCCAUACAACAGCUUGUGAGGCAAACUCUUAAUUUUUGUGGUGAACUAUUAAAACAACUGGAGCUGACAGCUGUAUUUAGCUGCAGUGUGGGCAUGGCCUCUGUGUAUUCAGGUUUAUGUGGCAUGGCAGGUGUGCAUGAUAUGCAUUGUGCUAACAGGGAUCAAUUAGCUAAGAACAGUUACAAACAGCAGUCAAGUAGAACAUUUACGUCCAUGUUAUUUCUAGAGGUCUUGAGAAACUCUCACAAUAUUUUGAUAUUAUAACGAAAAAACAUGAUUACUGUUCAUAAUAAAAAGUGGAAAGGAAGAAGUUUGUCUAAUUUUA